ACAUGAUCUGUAAGCUUUCACAGAGGAGAGACAGGAAUGUGGAGAGGAGCGACAACAACGAUGGCUGAGAAGAGGCACAGUGCCUCCAAAAUGCGUUUAUUUCACUCUGUGGUCAUCUGGGUGGCAUUCAUCCACUGCACCAAUGGAAUUCCUUGGACACAAGAAAAGCUCCAUCACAGAGCUCUCACUCUAACGCAAGAAGAGAUCAGUACUGCCCUGUCUCAUACUGAUCUGGAGCAGAUGUGGCAGAGGGACCUUAGGCCGCUGCUGGUUACCAGGUAUCCGGGCUCUGCAGGCAGCCAAGCUGUGCAGGAGCAUAUCAAAACUACCCUCGCGUCCCUCGGAGCAGGCUGGGAGGUGACGGAGGAUACGUUUGUGUCACAAACCCCAUACGGUCCCCUGUCCUUCACUAAUCUUGUUGCCACCCUAAACUCAUCAGCUAAGCGCCGCCUGGUCCUGGCCUGUCAUUACGACUCCAAGUACUACCCACCACAAUGGCACGGGAGGGAGUUCCAAGGCGCCACUGAUUCUGCCGUUCCCUGCGCCAUGAUGUUGGAGCUGGCACGAGCCCUGGAUGAGGAUCUGAAAGCUCAAAAGAGCUCCAGUCCUGAUCUCACUCUGCAGUUGAUUUUCUUUGAUGGAGAGGAGGCCCUUUUCCAGUGGACCCCCACAGACUCCCUUUAUGGCUCUCGCCACCUCGCCCAGAAGAUGGAGGCCACCCCGCACCCUGCUGGAUCCACGGACACCAACCAGCUGCACGGCAUGGAUCUGUUUGUGUUGCUGGACCUGAUUGGGGCUCCCAGUCCACGCUUCGGCAACCAGUUCCCCAGCACAAUGCACUGGCUGUCCAGACUGCAGAACAUUGAAAAGCGUUUACACUCUAUGAAUCAGCUGGUGGAUCAUCCUAACAGCGUGCAGUAUUUCUGGCCCAACAUCCCUAUUGGCCACAUACAAGAUGAUCAUUUACCAUUCCUGAACAGAGGUGUGCGCGUGCUCCACCUUAUCCCCUCCCCAUUCCCGUCCGUUUGGCACACGUUUGACGACAACGAGCAGAACUUGGAUCGCUCCACCAUCCAGAACCUCAACAAGAUCCUGCAGAUUUUUGUUCUGGAAUACCUCAAUGCCAGACCCGCCAUCCCUGCUGUCACUUCAAACCCACAAAAUGCCCCAUAAAAAAAACAACAACUAAAAAAGUUUCUUUCUUUUGAUGUUUCACCGUAGUAAAGAUCUUCAGCCGCUUAUUUAUGGACUGAAAGUUUACACUGUAUUUAAUGCAACAAUAUGCAUUCCUUGAGCUUAUAACUGAGAUGUGAGGUUGAGACUCAACCCUGCACAUCAUAUGGGCUCCAGCUGCAGAAAAAAACAUUUUACAUAUAGAAUUUGUUGAGUGAAGCUUGAUGUCAUCAAUAUGGUCACAUGGACUUUUUUUUUUUAAUGUUCGAACAUAUCUUGGCUUUUGGAAGCUACAUCUUCCCUUCAAGUCCCCAGCAACAAGAUCAGUACACAGGAUCUUCUGUGUGUUUUCUUACUACACUGCACUCUUUAUACCAGCCUAACCCCCCUUUUACACUGUGAGGAGGCAUCUUAGUGUCAGUGCUAAUGUCUAUGAUCUGAUGCCUCGAAGAAAAGGGGACACAGCAGUGCUAUGACACCAUUUAUUUGACAAAUUUGACCCAAAAAAAGUCCAAAAUUGGUGAUAAUUUCAUUAUGAAUUGCUUUUAGGACAGCUGUGCCCUGAAAACUCUUGGUUAUAAUCAUAGGUGUAAAUUUCUGGGGGAAACACAGGGGACAUGUCCUCUUUAAUGUUUAGAACAUGUGCAUUUGUCUCUCCCAGUAAAAAAUAUGAAAGUACCAGAGUACAAAAAAGAUAUUUGCACCGUAAGUUGAUGCAGAAAAUGCACAAAUUGGUGCAUAAAAUGCAAGAAAUUCAGUGUUUGAUGUUCAAAAAUGUCCUCCAGCAUACUCCUGAAAUUAAAUCUACACCCAUGCAUAUAGUCAUAACAAAUAACAUCCAGAUCCUUGAUGUUGUGUGAUAAAUAUAUACAACAUGGCCACUCACGUGAUGCUGCCAAAAUACAUAUACGGCGACGUGCAUGAAAUAGACACACAGUUUGUAUUUUAGCGACAAGAUACUUUAUGUGACAUUUCCUUUCGCACAGUAAAUCUGUUCAGAGCGAACCUGUCAGGGGCAGGAAGUGGGUUUAUUUGUAUUACAACAACAAUCUUCUCAUAUCCCCUCAUCUUAGAUAGUGAAGUUGAUAACUUCCUGUGUUGAUGUUUCAUGUGCCUGCAUUUGUUUAUUUGACAUUAUUAGCCCAAUCUCAAUGUAGAUCCCAGAAUAAUACACAAAGCCAAAACUGGACAUCCUUUUGAGGCUGAAAUAAACAUUGAUUCAGAAUACAGA